UUCGGCCCGAUAGUUUGAAAACACAACGGCGCACCGGGAUCCGCGGCACGGGUUGCAGGUCGGAGCUCGGCGUUGCGCCUCCGUUACACCUCCGCUACACCUUCGUUGCACCUCCAGCGUGACCUGCGCAGUUAUGGUUCAUGUGCAUUGAUUCGCAGUAGCGGCAGUGUCUCUCUCUCUUUCUCUCUCUCUCUCUCUCUCUCUCUCUCUCUCUCUCUCUCUCUCUCUCUCUCUCUUAUUCCGCACUGACCGAUCCGGCCGCUUUUCGUACCCGGUAAACGCGUAAACCGUGAUCCGUCACGCUCGGGCCGACCGGAGAUGGAUAUUUUAAAGGCUUUCGGUGUUUUUCUACGGGACGAAGGAGAACCUUGCGCAGUGCAGUAACGGCACAUCAGUGCUUCGCUGUUUGGGAUUUCCAACGCGAUGAGUAUUGCAUGACUGUUACCUAAUCGAGAGGAUGUUUUGUUCCGUCGCACACCAGGAGGAGAUCCCAUAGGCUACCGUUUUUAAUCGUUGUUUGCUGAACGUGGAGCUGACGGAGGGGCCGAAAGCCGCUCUCUUCCCGGCGCUGUAGAUGAGAGGUAAACAGUACCAGCAACUUAAAUUGACUGCACCCCGAGCCGCGAACGCGGACUAUGGGAGAAAACUCAAAACGUACCAGAACAACACGAAAAUAAUCGCCCAGCCUGGCAUCGUGAUGAAAGUGUUGCGGAGAAAGAGAAUUAUCCUGUUCAUAGCUUAUUUCCUGCUGCUGGUGUUGACCAUGCUGAAUUUGGCCAACUACAGAUGGAGCAAGCAGCCUCAGCAGUGUAGCCACCAGGUGAGGGGCACCGCCUUCCAAGGGAGGUCCGACAUCCGCUUCCUGUACCGGUCCACCCUGGCUAAGAAGAGACAGCUGGUGUACGUGCUGACCACGUGGCGGUCCGGCUCGUCGUUUUUCGGCGAGCUGUUCAACCAGAACCCGGACGUGUUCUUCCUCUACGAGCCCAUGUGGCACAUCUGGCAGAAGCUGUAUCCCGGUGAUGCCGUGUCGCUUCAGGGCGCGGCCAGGGACAUGCUGAGCUCGCUGUACCGCUGCGACCUGUCUGUGUUCCAACUGUACAACAGCCCUGGGGGCAAAAACUUCACCUCUCUUGGCCUGUUCGGGGCAACCCUCAACAAGGUGAUCUGCUCGUACCCGCUCUGCUCGGCCUACAGGAAGGAGCUGGUGGGCAUGGUGGAUGACAAGGUGUGCAAGAAGUGUCCCCCGCAGGGCUUGAGGCUGUUAGAGGAGGAGUGUCUGAAGUACAACACGGUCGUCAUCAAAGGGGUGCGCGUCCUGGAUGUCAACGUCCUGGCCCCUCUGAUGGAGGACCCCUCGCUGGACCUGAAAGUGAUACACCUGGUGAGGGACCCCAGGGCCGUGGCAAACUCCAGGAUCAAGUCCAGGCACGGGCUGAUCCGCGAGAAUCUGCAGGUCGUCCGCAGCCGCGACCCCAAACUUCGCCGGAUCCCGUUCGUGGACGCCGGGCACAAAAUUAGCAAAAAGGAUGGGGCAGACUACCACUCGAUAGGUGCCAUGGAGGUGAUCUGUGACAGGACGUACCGCACCCUGCGCACGGCCCUGAACCCGCCCGGAUGGCUGAAGGGGAAGUACCUGGCCGUGCGCUAUGAGGACCUGGUAGAGAAUCCCGUCCGGAUCCUGCGUCACGUGUACCGCUUUGCCAACCUCAGCGCCAACCACGACAUCGAGGCUUUCGCCCUCAACAUGACCAACGGCACAAACUCCUCCUCGAAGCCGUUCAUCGUGUCGGCCCGGAACGCCACGCAGGCGGCGAGCGCGUGGAGGACGCUCCUGAGCAUGCAGCAGAUCAGACAGGUGGAGGACUACUGCCACCAAGCCAUGGCGUUGCUAGGCUACGAGCGCGUCAGGACAGCCGCCGAGGCCAAGGACCUGAGCAAGUCCUUGCUGGCUGCCUCCAAACUGUGACACCAACUCCCACCAAAGACUGUGGAUUUACAAAAAGAUCAUCUGAUUGGCUUCUGUGUCGCUCGGUAACUGUGGAGUCCAAGCUUCCUUUUCAGUAUUGUAUGGACGGAUUUGAAUGCAUCAUAGAAAUGUAAUUUUUGAUUUUUAAAAAAAAAAUUUGUUUGCGUAUGUUUUUUGAAGUAAUUUAAUGCUACCAUUCCUUUUAGAACCGGUUUCUGGAUGUGUUUGAAAAAUUGUAUACGAGUUGUAACUCGAAUAUGAGUGUUGAUAUUGUACCAGUCAUGUGACUUCCUCUACAGCUCUGAGUGGAUGUUUUAGGGUUGUUUUGUACAUUUCAGGCUCAAUCCCUUUAUUUACAUUUCUUUACUCCCUUUCAGAGUGAAAAUUGUGAAUGGAAAAUAUCAACAAUAUCAACAAAGAAACCCAAAUCUAAGCUAGACUCAUUCUGAGAAGCUGGCGAUGCUGUUCGUUAGUUCAGGCGCCUGUCAGAGACAAUCAUUAAAGUGCUCUGUAAUGUUU